AUGGCGAGCCUUAGCCUUGAAAAGGAAGGCAGACAGAGGUCGCUCAAGGAGCAGCAGAGGCACCGCUACGAUGAGGACUCAGAAGAUAAUCAGUCCAACGCGUCUGAAAACACUGGACUAGAGCCUGAGGGGGCGCGCACACUAAUAAAUGGAUACAGCAAAAGAACGAAGCAGCUGCCCUGGUCGUGCUUGUUGGCGUAUGCGGCCCCCAUGAUUGGAGCGGGGGGCAUGAAUUUUACGCUCACUACUUUUGCGGCGUAUUUCUAUACUGACACUAUGGGACUAGCUCCAGGUGUCGUCGGGAAGGUACAGAUGUCGUUGAUGAUGAUGUAUGCGGUAUCCGAGCCGAUUUUCGGAUGGCUGAGUGAUAUUACUGGAGGAUGGGUCAAACGUACUUGCGGUAGAAGAAAGCCAUAUCUGGCCAUUUCAGCGUUUCUUCAUUCUGUUACGUUUAUUGGUCUUAUGGGCCCGCCCGGUGCCUUGACAGCAGACAAUGGCCUAAUUGAAUGGGCCUUUGCGUUCGCGGUACUACUUGGAAUGUCUUGGGGAUGCAACGAAGUCACCUUCCAGGCCCUGGGCGCGCAAAUGACGUUUGAUUACGACGAACGAACAAAGUUGCAAGCAAUUGCGGUUUCUGUGAUCACGUUAGGAUCAACCUCAUGUGGAUUGUUGCACGGUGUUUUGGGUUCAACUUUGGGGGCCACCGUUGAAGCAACGCGUCUCAGGUUCCUGAUUCUGGGUUCAGUAUACGCUGGGGUCUUCUUCCUUGGUACUUGCAUCAUGCUGAUUGUGAUCAAGGAGGAAAAUGUUCAGCCCGAGUACAGUAACGGUACACAAACACUCGGCGAGUGGAUUUGGUCAGGAGUUGAGUCCACGCAGCAGAUGUUCCUCAACCUGCCAUUCUUCUUAAUGAUGGUUUCAUACUCUUGCAUGAUCAUGGCGGGGGCGGUGACGCCAAUGAUGCUUCCAUAUUUCUGUAAACAUGUAGUUCAGUCCCACUUUGCUACUGACUGGGCUCCUCUUCUUUUCACUGCCAGUGCAGUGGUGGGGAUGCCCAUUUGGGUGGUUUUGGGAAGCUCUUACUUCCUAGUGGAAAAGAAAUGGCGCUUCGUUUUCGCUGGAGCUUGGGUCGGAUGUUUUCUUGGCCUUUCCGCUCUUAUUGUCAAGCCUGGAGACAACCUUUUGUUUAUUUCAUUUUCCGUUUUGGGGGGCCUCGGAAUGGGCGGUUACUUUGCUACACCAGAAGCAAUGAAGCCCGAUGUCGUGGACUAUGACGAAUUCAGGACCGGUGCUCGGCAUGAAGCACGUUUCGCUGGAGUGUUUAUGUUCUUUGCCAACAUUUGCGCGGGUGUUGCUUUGGAGGUGAUGCUCCUGCUGCUGGACCAUUUUGGCUACGAUGGAAAUAAGCGAUUGGGAGAUGCAGAGCCCGAGGCUGUUGUAACCACCAUCCGCGUGGGGUUUGGAUCAACUCUGCUCAUGAUGCUCGCCCUGAUUAUCCCAGCGAUGGUCUGCUACCCAAUUACAAGACAAAAGCAUGCAGAUAUCUUGACUGCCAUUCAGCGGCGGCUAGAGGGCGAGCAUGCGCCGGAUCCCUUGUACGGAGGGCGGCCACUUCCGCCUUAUGACAACGUUCCGAUAACCCGCCGUGUGGCUUCACUAGAGGGGGCGGAGCCGGGGACUUCUACUUUCCUGCAGCAAGUCGGAAUGGAGGUCGGUUCUCUAGCGGGAAUACACGGAGACAGAACAGGUAUACGUAAUGUGCCAUGA